AUGUUCGCCCGCACAGAAAUGUUUCCGUUAGCUGCUUCCGCUUACAGCGAUAAUCCGCAAAAGUGCCUUGACAAUCGUUUCGUUAAUGCUACGGUCAUACGCCAACUGAACGUGACUUGUGGUCCAUUUGAGAAAAGUGACAUAUGCUCUGGAUAUACGGCCGUAAUUCACGAGAACAAAGCGAUUGUUGUCAGCUACAGAGGAACAUCCACCUUCCUACAGCUCAUUGCGGAAGCGGACCUGAGUGUCUUGUAUGAAAAGAUCCAAUGGAAGGCCGGCGGAUACGUGUCAAAGUAUUUCUACGACGGCUUCAUGGGUUUGUGGAAGGCUGGCAUGGGAGAAGAUUUCAAAAAUCUGAGUGCUACAUACCCCGACUACGAAAUUUGGGUGACCGGUCACUCACUUGGAGCUGCGAUGGCAUCGUUGGCCUCCUCGUACAUUAUUACUCAUAAUGGAGUUCCAUCUUCAAGGGUAAAAUUGGUCACAUAUGGCCAAGCCACGAGUUGGUGA